GCAGACCGGAAGUGGGGGCAGUAUACUGUCAUCAUCACGCAGAGGAAAGCAGUCAGCUCUGAGGUCAUCUGCUUCAAGGUGUACCUGAACGUUACCUGUGGUCUUUUAGCAAGAAGGCGAAUAGGAUGUCUGGAGAUUUGCCACUGAAUAUCAACAUUAAAGAACCACGAUGGGACCAGGGCACAUUUAUGGGCCGGGCUCAGCACUUCUUCAUGGUGACGGACCCCAGAAACGUGCUGCUGUCCAGUGAGGUUUUGGAGGAUGCCAGAGUUACUGUGGAGGACUACAGGUUGGGAGUUGUGAAGCCUGGGCUAACAGAAGAUCAACUAUGGAGGGCCAAAUACAUCUACGACUCUGCUUUCCACCCAGACACAGGAGAGAAAAUGCUGCUAGUUGGACGCAUGUCUGCACAAGUACCCAUGAACAUGACCAUUACGGGUUGCAUGCUCACCUUUUACAGGACAACCCCAGCAGUGGUGUUUUGGCAGUGGGUUAACCAGUCCUUCAACGCCAUUGUCAACUACACUAACCGCAGUGGAGACGCGCCACUCACCAUGAAUCAGCUUGGUGCAGCCUACGUCAGUGCGACCACUGGAGCUGUAAUAACAGCCCUUGGCCUGAAGUCUCUAACCAAGCACUUGCCUGCUAUUAUGGGGCGUUUUGUUCCAUUUGCUGCAGUGGCAGCAGCAAACUGUAUCAACAUACCCUUCAUGAGACAAAGAGAGCUGAAGUGUGGUAUCCCUGUUACUGAUGCUGAGGGUAAACGAAUAGGAGAAUCAACUAAAGCUGCUCAGCAAGCCAUUGUGCAGGUGGUGGUGUCUCGUAUUGGCAUGGCAGUGCCAGCCAUGGCUAUUCCUCCAGUUAUUAUGAAUGCCUUAGAGAAGAAAGCUUUCAUGAAGCGGUUCCCGGUUCUCAAUGCCCCUGUACAAGUUGGACUUGUAGGAUUCUGCCUGGUGUUUGCCACUCCUUUGUGCUGUGCCCUGUUCCCACAGAAAAGCUCUAUGAAGGUGAGCAGCCUGGAGCCGGAGCUUCAAGAGAGUUUACGACAAAGCAAUCCUCACAUCACCACUGUUUAUUUCAACAAGGGUCUGUAGAGCAGUCUAGGUUGCAGCCCAUUCUGAUGUCUUCCAUUGCACUGGAGGUUAGUGGGCACAACUUGAAAGGUAGAAUUUUUUUUUUUUUUUGCUGUUCUGAGUUAUAUAUUUUUGUCAAUGUUACCCAUGCUAUUGCACAAUCCUUAAAUACUAUAUGUACAAUGAGGGGCAGAACUUGCUGCUGGAUUUAGUUAAGAAGCUUGAAUGUUAACUGCUGCAUUGAUGUUUUAAACCCCAUCACACACAUUGACUUAUUUACCUAUACAUUCAUCACUUUGAUUUAUUCUAGAUUACCAUAUGCGUAUUGUAAGAUUUUUUGUUUCAUUAGUGCUUCUUUAGUUAGUGUUCUAAGUUUUCCAGGUUUGUGGCUCAAAGGUUUCUCUCACAUGCACGUUCUUACUGAAGACCGUUCCAGAAAUUGGGUUUUAAACUUUAUUCUGCCAGGAGUAUUUCCACCUUACAUGCUCCAUUAUGUGCCCAUUAAGUGCACUUAUGCAGCAAAUGUAGUGUGCUUCACUCUCUGUACUGCAAAAGAAGCCCUAAGAUGUGCUAACACUCCCAUCAUGAGCGCAUCAAAAUGCUAAUUAUUAGGUGACUAUCUCUGAUGUACAUCUUUACGUCCUGCAGGCCAUACUUUAUUAUUUCUGUUUAAGCCUUACAGGCCUGUGUGGUUUUAAGU